GUAGAAUUUUAAGAAAUCAAGGAGAUAUAAGAGGAAAGAGCUCGAAAUUGCGCGAAUACUCCAUCGAAAUGGGUAGACAUCACAACAUGCAGUUAGCGUUCUUCGUGACGCUUAUCUUUUGCGAACUAGCGUUGAGUCAACUUUUGGAUCUCUUCGGUACAAAGGGUACAAAGAUUAUUAUAAGUCGGAAUGAUAGUGUUACAUGUAAAGCCGAACGUGAGUGCACUGAUUGUGUAUCAGGAAGAAUAUGCAUUGGAGAAGAAAAAAAGACUCAAAUAGGUCUCUUGAUUUGUGACGAAGACACACCCUAUUGUAAUAGCGGUAAAUGUUCAAAGACUCCGGAUCCAAAAUUGGGAUGUACUCCACCAUGCCCGGUUAAUGGCGUACUACCUGAUCCGACGGAUUGCACGCGUUACAUUAGAUGCGCAGAACAUGUAGCGACAGUCAACCAAUGUCCAAUACACAACGUUUACGAUCACGCAACGGGUAACUGCAAAUACAGUCGUCGCAUCAGCGAUUGCGUGAACUUCGACUGCCGCGGUCGAGAGGGUCAGAUAGUCGUGUAUCCACGAGACAAUCGCCUUUACGCAAUAUGUGCAGAUAACGUGCCAGUUAUCCUAGGACGAUGUAAGGAUUAUCAGAAAUACGAUCUAACUGAAGAUAAAUGCGUAAGACAUUGCACGCAAGUCGGCAAUCAACCACCGGAUGAUCUAGACAGUGAAGAGACUUGUGGAAAAUAUUAUCGGUGUGUCCAAACAUCAAUAUUACCCUGGCAAACAUCAUACGAGCCGGUGGAGAUGUCGUGCGCGUGCAAUGAAGGAUACAACGAGACGAUAAAAGAUUGCAGUACAAAUGCACGUUGUUUAAAUGGUACAACCAGAUGUCCGACAAAACAACUUUCUCCUUUAAUCAUUAACAAUUCUGGAGAUAGUAAUAAUGAUAACGAAGUAUCGAACGGUAAUGAUGACGUUGACGGUAAUUUGGUAAACGGAAACGAUAACGGAGAUAACUCCGAUUCCGGCAAUGUUGCAAACGGAGGACCAAGUGCGUCUCCGUUAAUUAUCAACAAUUCUGGAACUGGCAAUAGUAACAAUAGCGUCUCAAAUGGCAACGAUAAUGCUGAUGGUAACAUAGUAAACGGAAACGAGAAUGGCGAUAAUUCUGAUUCCGGUAACGUCGCGAAUAACAGACCAACUCCCGUUCCAUUUAUUAUUAUAUCUGGAGAUAAAAAUAAUAAUAACAAAGUCUCGAACAGCAAUAACGGUGGGAACUUGGUGAACGGGAAUGCCAACGGCGCCAAUUCCAAUUCCGGCAGUGACAGUGGGAACUUGGUGAACGGGAACAACAACGGCGACAAUUCUAAUUCCGGUAAUGUCGAAAACAGUGGCAUUGCACAAUUAUCCCCAUUAAUCAUCAAAAAUUCUGGAAAUGAUAACGACAACAACAAGGUCUCGGACGGCGACAGCAGUGUCAACGGAAAUUUGGUAAACGGCAACGGCAAUGGCGACAAUUCUAAGUCGGGCAAUGUAAAACGACGCAGUGUGUCGCCUCUAAUAAUUAACAGCUCCGGUAAUGAUAACAGCAACAAUGAUAUAUCAAAUGGUAGCGACGACGUCGAUGGAAACGCGGUGAAUGGUAACACAAACGGAAACAACAAAAAUUCCGGUAAUGUCAAUAAUAAUCAGCCGCCUGCGUCACCUCCUGUUGAUAACUCGGGAAGUAACGACAACGAACGCAACAACAAUACAUCUAACGAUAGUGAAAACGAAAAAGAUGGAAGCGGCGACCUUAAUGACAACAAUAAUCCCGAUGAGUCACAACAACCGGCCGAAGAUCCCGAUAAGUCACAACCAAAAGAAGAUGUGGGACCCGAAAAAUUAUCUCUGAUAGAAGAUCCAAGCGAACCGCAAAUAAAAGAUUUGUUCAGCAUCGUCAUUGAUUGGGUAAUAAGAGUUGUUAUAGGACAGUAGAUAUAAAUUUUCUGCGGCAUAAAUUUUCCGCAAACACCAAAAAUAUCCCAAGCAUGAUAAAAAUAAAUUCUACAAUAAGCACAACAUCUUCUGCAAUUCUUUAUUUCAUUGCUGAGACUCGGUUAACAUACAAAUUAAAUCACAUAUCGUAGUAGGACAUUUAGGAUUACGGAAGGAUGUUGUUUGCUUCUACUUUUUUUUUCACAAAUUGUAACUACACAGUACUAUUGUCCGCGAACACACAUAUGUGUGACAUGAUAAAUGAUAUAUAAAAAUAAUAAAAAAAAAUCAAACAAUAAAAA